AUGACACCGGAGCGCCGAAUCCGCGUGGCUGCCGAGAAUCUGCACACCGUCUUUCCUGAGGCAAACUCGCUCGACUACUUCGAGGCCGGCGUGUCGCAGGCGUUCCCUACCGAUGAGCUUGCCGGUGGUAGUGCAUUUACCUAUUUUGCGCCAAAGCAGAAGACUCAAUACCUCGAGAUCGUGCGGUCGCCUGACUGGGCGUACCCUGUGGGAUCUAGCAAUUACAGAGUCUUCUUCGCAGGAGAGCAUGUCAGCUAUACUCACGGAUGGAUCCACGGCGCCAUGGAGGCUGGCUUGCGAUGCGCACAACAGGCUCAUACAUCUGCAAACAGUCUUCCAAGUAAGCAACUUUAUGGAUCAAGCUUUGAUCCUGGUUUUGGGUUUGUCUAG